CCGUUCAAUCAUGACACUCAUGGUGCCUUUUCUCCACUUCUUCCACCCUUCAAACCCAGUCCUUUUCUUCCCAUUCAUCCCACGAGAAAUGAAAACUUUCAUUGGCCUGGGCCUGCUUUUCCAGAACCGUCCGCUGUUCACCCGAAGCUGCUUUGGAAGUUCCCCCAAUUUUAUACAAAUCUCAGAGGACCGCAUCACGUGAUGCCCCAUGAGACCGCUGACAUGAGACACUGCUUUAACUACAGCUACCUCUCGAAUGGCUAUUUAUCUCAGCCCAGUCUCUUACACGAAACAGCAGCCAUGACAAACAGCUAUACGUCACCACUUCCGCCUAAUUUGAUUGGACAACAAGCCGCGUGUCAUAACAAUGGCGCUAUGAAACCUGAGCACGAUAGCUUCGUUUUGCGCGAGAAAAUGGGGAUAAGCCGACAAACGCAUUCUGGGAAGACGAAGGACAUACCACGUGAUUCGAAUCAGCCAAUCACUUUUGAUCGYUCUAAAGUGGACAUUGAUGAUUUAGAAGAAGAAGAGUUUGACACCCACACACACGGUGAAUUGUGYGGACAGGAGGUAUUUGMUUGUAAGACUUGUCAGAAAGUGUUCUGYACAUCGCGYAGUCUUGAACUCCAUGUCAGACGUUCGCACACUACCUCAAGACCUUAUUCUUGUCCAACAUGCGGCAAGACGUUUAGUCAUUUCGUAAGUUUAACUCAACACAAGAAGACACAUGCAACGGUCAGGACAUUUGAAUGCAAGAAAUGCGGUAAACACUUCAAGAGAUCGUCAACUCUCUCAACRCAUAUGUUGAUCCAUGCUGAUAUCAGACCUUUCUCAUGUGCCUACUGCGGCAAACGAUUCCAUCAGAAGUCCGACAUGAAAAAACACACCCUGGUGCACACAGGGGAGAAGCCUCACGAGUGUACAUAUUGUGGAAAGUGUUUCAGUCAGUCGUCGAAUCUCAUCACUCACAGUCGAAAACACAUGGGGUUUAAACCCUUUGGUUGCGAAGUGUGCGGAAGAGCUUUCUACAGAAAGGUCGACCUUAGAAGACAUGCGCAUGUCCAUACCAAGGGAUUUCUCCAUGGAAACGAUGUGACGUCGACAUCGUCGGAAGCACGUGACGAAUAAAAUACUAUGACGUCCUUGCCAGGGAUGUCACUUUGUGACGUCAUUUGAUAUUACGUCAGUUGCCUAUAGACAUGGUUAUAAACGUCACUUGUUGUGACGACAUUUAUCACGGAAACGUUUUUUUAUGAAUUAUAAAACUAAAUUUAACGCCAUAGCAACAGAAAAAAAAGAGCGUGAACUUAACCUAACUAUCACAUGACAAAAAUGUCAUGAUAAUUUAGAAAUGAUAUAAACUAGUAAUGUGGAAAGAUUUGGAAGAACUUACUGAUAUAUUUUGUAUAUAUAACUUAAAUAAGUGUCAAACACUGUAAAUGAAUUGAUAAAAUAUGUAAAGUACUUAUUAAAAAUUGCUUGAAAAUAUCCCGUCUUUAACCGCUGACCCGCGUGACUUUCUGCAGGUUUUUCGACAGGUACUUCUAAAGUCUUUGUUAUAGCUCUAGGCUAGGCGAACCUGUCUUGUGCAUCGAGUCUAACAUACAUCGAAUUCGAUGUAAAUGAGAUGGUACAUGAUGUGGGAUUCGGCGUCUGAACUCGUUACGACGUACAAGCUAGUAAUUUGUUUUUAAUCUGAAUACCGAUGGAAAAUAAUUUUGCAUUUCUAUAUCCGAAUAAAUGAAAACUCAUGGGUCCAUUCAAGUUUGCGCUUCAGACCUUCAGUCAUCCACAGUAAAAAACAAGCAUUCUCUCAUUAGAUGUUCAGUAUUGCCUCAAUCGGGAAUUCUCUCCAAGUUUAAUUUAGAAUUCUCUAGAUCAAAUAGUAAAAGCUGUUCCAAAGAUCAUAAAAUAAUGAAUUUUAAAAUUCAAAACCUAUUUAAAAGAUA